AUGGCAAGGAGGAAAAAGAGAAGAACUCACAUUCCCGUGAAUGAAAGUGCAAGUCCCAAUGCUCCAAAAAUUCCAAAAAGCUUCGUCUUUAAGUCGGGCAAAGUUGGAACUUCGGUGGCCGGUCUGGUGAACGACAUGCGCAAAGUAAUGGAGCCACACACGGCUAUAAAUUUGCGAGAACGUAAAAAUAAUCGAUUAAAAGAUUUCGUGGCAGUGGCAGGUCAACUGGGAGUAACCCAUUUCUCGAUAUUUACGCAAACGGAGAAUGGCACUAAUUUCAGGCUAGCAAGGACACCCAGGGGACCUACGUUGUGCUUUAAAGUCUUGAAGUAUUCGUUGAUAAGAGAUAUUUUAUCAGCACAGAUUAAUCCAAAAAGUUUAAAUUCUGAGUUUAAGACUCCACCAUUGCUCGUGUUGAACAAUUUUGGUAAAGAAAAACAUUUCGAGUUAAUGGCCAACAUGUUUCAAAGCAUGUAUCCUUCGAUCAAUAUGAAUUUGGCUGACGCACGCAGAGUCGUUCUGUUUAACUAUAAUUCAGACACAAAACACAUCGAUUUUAGACAUUACCGAAUAGGAGUAAAACCUGUUGGCCUAAGUAAAAGUGUUAGGCGGAUAAUUAACGAUCACAUACCCGAUUUACAUGGUUAUGAGGACAUUAGCGAAUAUGUGUUAAGAGAGGGUCAUGUGUCUGGGAGCGAGGCGGAAAGUAGUGCGGAUGAAACUGUCACAUUGGCCCAAGAUUUCAUUGGUAGGAAUAAUAGAAAAUCCGACCAACGCGCGAUAAAAUUAACGGAAAUAGGACCACGAAUGGAAUUGCAGUUGGUAAAAAUUCAGAACGGAUUAUGUGAUGGGGAAGUGUUGUAUCAUGAAUUUGUACAUAAAACACCUGAGGAAGUUAAAAAGAUGAAUAAAAAACGUGAACGUCGAAUACAGCAAGCUGCCUUGAGACGUAAAGAACAAGAACGAAAUGUUGAACGAAAAAGAUUAGAAAAAGAGGCACAGCGUCUUGCAUCUAUAAAAGGUGAAGAUUCCAAAUCACGUGACAGAGACUUGUAUGAUUUAGAAAAUGAGUUUUCAGAUUUAGAACAGGAAAAUGAAGAAUACAUUAAAGAACAACAGCAAACUGACAAUAGUGAAAAUGAAGUAUUGUUUAAAGAGAGUUCUGAUGAGGAUGAAGCAGGUUCAUCUGAUUCAGAGCAAAGGAGCGUUAAAAGAUCAAUAGCGCCAAAAAAGUCAGGUAGCAAGGCACAAUAUUCUUCUAAGCGUAGUGUUAAUAGAAUCGAUCGUGAAGACACGUCAAAUGAUUUUAUGGUAAAUAGAAACCCACGUCGACGGAGAAACGACGACUCCGUUGGAGACAGACCGAAGAUGGGCAUAAAAAUUAGCAUGACCAUGAACAAGAAAAGAAAAAGAAACCAACAUAAAAAUUCAUAA